AGUCGCCAGUGAGACGCGGCAGUUCGCGCACAGGAGAGCGAGCGAGUGUGUGCUGCGCGUUAGUGUGGACAUCGCCGACAAGUGUCAGUCAGAGGCUCGAUCUCCUGCUACCUCUUCUUCUCUCUCUCUCUCUCUCUCUCACCGUCUUCUAUGGAAACGUAUUCGAAAGUAUACAUGUUGUUGUUGUUGUUAUUGCUGUUGUUCCAACAAAAUAAUACGACGUAGAUAGCAAUACACAUAUAGAUCGAUAUAUCAGUGCAUUCGCUCGCCUCUUGUUAUUAUAACACGACCUCAUAUAUCGUGCGCGCGCGCGGCUCCUUCGCAUCAUCGGUUCAUCCUCGUCGUCGCGCGAGCUGCAUCACUCAUGCAUCCCAUGUUGUACAAGCAAGAGCGCAGGUAGCGCAGAGAGCAUCGAGAGAUAUCUCACCGCAGUGCUGAGUGCGCUCGCGGAGCGAGCAGUUUCGUCUUCGCACGUGCGUCGUCACCCCUCUCUCUCUCUCUCUCUCUCUCUCGUUCUCCGAUCAUAAUAACACUCGCGCCAUACGCACACAGCCUCGCGAUAUAUAUAUAUACAUCGACAACAUCAACCACUGCUUCCAUCCGCCUGCCGCCGUCGCCUCUCUCACUCUCUCUCUCUCUCUAUCAAUUUCUCCCGUUCGUUUGACGAGCUGUGAUCGUCGUGGUACAUGACAAGUGCCGUGCUGUAGUGAGAAUUACACGUCGCCGAGCGGCGAAGAAGACGAGGAUCCGCGUGUGCGCGCACGUAAUACGUCGGCAGCAGUGUGUCGUGAGUGCGCGCGUGUGCUCUAUCUCCGCAGAGCAGUGAGUCCGUUGUAUCGCUCUUUCUCUUCGAACAAGUGUGAAAACAGGAAAACGUCAAAGGCCAGCAUCAGCGACGCGCAUGUGUGUCGCAUAAUCGACGAAAGCCAGCAGCAGCGCGUGUCGUAAUAACGCGAAGAAGCAGCGGCAGCAGAAGAAACGGAGCUUUCGCGCGGCCCUGCGCAGAAAAGCCGCGGCGAUACGGAGCAGACGAAGAAACAUCGCGAGCAGAAGGAAGGAAAACAGUCGAGUCUUCCGUCUCUCUCUCUCUCUCUCUCUCUCUCUCUCUUUCCGUACGGACUAGAGGGAGCGAGUCGAGCGGACGGUGCCAGCAGCAGCAGUGAGCAGCAGCAGCAGCAGCAGCAGCAGCAGCAGCAGUAGAGCAGCAAUAGCCGCGGCAGCGCGCACACUCGUCACGGAGACGGGCCCCGGCGUAGAGCGAGCGAGUGAGACAGAGCGAGAGAGCGAGCUGCCAGUGGGCAAGAUGGCGGCCGACUCGGGAAUGGAGACGUGUCCCUCCCCGGAGAUCGCGGACUCCAGGAAGCGACCGCUCGACUGCGACGUCGAGAACGGCGCCACCAAGCGCUCGCACUACGGCACAGGAGGCGAUGGCACGUACCACCUCAAGGUUCUGGUGCCCGGAGUGGCUGCCGGCGCCAUCAUCGGCAAGGGCGGCGAGACCAUCGCCCAGCUGCAGAAAGACACGGGGGCGAGGGUCAAAAUGUCCAAGUCCCACGACUUUUAUCCAGGAACGACCGAGCGCGUUUGCCUGAUAACGGGCAGCGUCGACGCCAUAAUGGCGGUGAUGGACUUCAUCAUGGAGAAGAUCCGCGAGAAGCCUGAUCUCACGACGAAGACGACGGUGGACUUUGAUUCCGGCAAGGCGACCGCGGAGAGGGACAAGCAGGUGAAAAUCCUGGUGCCGAACAGCACGGCGGGCAUGAUAAUCGGCAAGGCCGGCAACUACAUCAAGCAAAUCAAGGAGGAGUCCGGCUCGUACGUGCAGAUCUCGCAGAAGGCCAAGGACGUGUCGCUGCAGGAACGCUGCAUAACCGUGAUCGGCGAGAAGGAGAACAACCGUAACGCCUUGCUCAUGAUCCUGGCUAAGGUGGCCGACGAUCCUCAGAGCGGCACCUGUCUCAACGUCAGCUACGCCGACGUCAGCGGACCCGUAGCCAACUACAACCCGACCGGCAGCCCGUAUGCACAGGCGCCCACGACUACGCCAACCUACACCUCCACUGCCGGCAUCAAUACAGUGAGCAUCCUGAAUGGAGCCGGACUGAGCCUGAACCUAAAUCUGGGUGCGGCGCUGACCGCCGGCGCGGCGCCCGGGACAACAACGAGCCAACUGCUCGAGCACAUAAAGCUGUCGCUGCGCAGCACCGGCUUUGGCGAGCCCGCCGCCAGCGAGAUUCUCCAGGCAGUGGCGACCCUCGUCAAGUACAACGUGCUCGGAAUGGGCAUCGGCAUGCCCUCGUCCGUCUCGUACAUCAGCAACGCCAUGGACUCGCAGACGACGGUGGCCAACGGCUCGAACAACAACGGCGGCGUCUUUGGACCCAUCGGCACCGUACCGACCCUCGGCUCGAGCUCGCCCACACCCAGGUCGGCCCUCGACCGCUACGAGCCCUUCGUCGACCCCUUCCGGCAGAACAGCAGCGCCGCCGCUGCGGCCGCGGCCGCCAUCAACCUCAACAACAAUUCGUUCGGCCUCGGCACGAACCAGUUGUCACUCGAGAAAAAGAUGAUGAGAGAUGGCGCCAGGAAAGCUUCGACGAGCAAGAGCAAGGACUAAUCAGGAGCUUGCGGAGAGUAGGAGAGAAAGAGUGAGAGAGGGAUUAUAUAGAAAAAAAGCAAAGUAUAGCGAGAGACAGAGCGAGCCUCUUUUACGUCUGCCAAAGCGUGUACCUUCCGUACAUAAGAGUAACCCAUUUUCUUUUCUCUUUCGUUCUUAUUAUUAUUUCAUAAUUUUUUUUCUUUUUGUUUCUCCGAUCCGCUGUUACAUGCACCGACCGUUUCUUCUCUUUGCGACGUGAAAACAGGGCCAAAGACACACGCGCUAUAUAUGCCUACGAGUCGUCGAGUUAUUCUUUUCUCAUUUUUUUGUUUCUGUUCCAUUUUUAUUUACACUCGGAGAGAACUCGCUCGAAAUUCUAAAGCAUUGGACAUUAGACGCGGAGCGUUCAAAAACAUACCAUCUCGCAAGCUUUCACGCGGAUUGCCAUAUACACAUUCAAGCCAUUCGACGAGAGAAGAGCAUAUGGAGAAGCGAGUACGUAGAAAAUCGAGGCACGAUCGCGAGCGAUAUUUGUCAAGAAGUUGUAAAAUCGCAAGCUCGUCUGGCAUAGAAACGCGCGGAAUAAACAGGAAUUGUAUACCGUCGUGCCGAUUGGCGCAGAAGCUCACUGUUAUACGCGAGAUUUGUAAUUACCGAAUGCGCGCGCGAGGGCGCAUCGGAACCUGAUGGCUGUGUGCGAUUAUUAAGAGAGAGAGAGAGAGAGAGAGAGAGAGAGAGACGAGCAUAUUCACCGUAUAUAAUUAUUAUAAAUCAUCAGCGUCGUCAGGCACGUUCCAUCUCACCUCUCCGUAUUUUUUUGUUCAACUGCGUUCUCUUCGCUAUACUCUCAUCGUUUGAUUGAUUGAUUAUUGUACGAUUAUUCACUACGCUCACACGAGGAAUUUCACGCAACGUUCGCGAUAGAUAAAUGAAAAAUAUAUUAUAUUAUAUUAUAUAUACAAACAGAGAGUGAUAUAGUAAGCAGUGAUCGCGUUUGUUUGUUGUUGCGAUUGUUCGACGCGUUCGCUGGCGAGUACGCGCCGUUGUUUUCUUUUUUCUAGUUUUGUUCCGCGAAUCUCUAGUUACCCUAUACGCAUUGUUUUUCACGCAUCUCUGUCCAGCCGCUCUGCGUUGUCGUGCGAUCAUGUUAUUGCGAACCACACUCGAGGGAUUGUCGAGGUGCUCAAAGCACCGUCGAAUCGAUUAUAUUAUAUACCACGAUGAGCGUUUAAUUUUCAAUAUUACUAAAAAUAAAUUUCUCAUUUUAUUGUAAACACCUGAUUUUCGUUAUUUUUCGUGCGAAUCGCGCGCGUUCGAUGAAAGAGCUCUCGCACAGUGCCAUAAAGAUAUCCUUUCAUCGUUGCGUUCGCCCGCGAGGUUCUCCACCCGAGAAGAUCAGAAACGAGCCGGAGACAAAUCAAAAGUAUACCCUGUAAGCGAAGAACGCCUCGCGGGCGUGAAAUUCAUCGUGGUGUGGAAGAGAACAAGAGAACUCGCGUCUCGUUCGCUGCACUUCACGCACUCGUACAUCUCGCAGACACAGACAUGAAAGAAUAAUCAAAUUGCUGUCCUAUGCCACUGCGUCAGAGAAUUAUAUAGAUGUGUACGAUAUACAGACAUAUGAGUAUGAUAUAUAUAUAUAUAUAUAUAUAUUGAUCGACAAUAGAGAACGAGAAGGUUGACGUGCGUACGUCGGGUCGGUCGUUUGUUCUUUCGCGUCGGUUUCGUUCCUCGUCACCAUCGCUCGCCUGACGAUUGUAUCUCGUCGCUCUUAUUACACGGGAAUUGAACUGUAUUCCAGAGUCGCGCGCGCGCGCGUGCGCUUUUCCGAAAGUCUCCCGUGGCAUAUCACGGGUCGACGAUCACCUCGAGUAUCUCCGUUGAAUUUUUGUGACGAUAUAAAAGUGUUCGUUGUGCAGGGAAGGGUAAAGAAGUGAAUUAUAUAGCUAGGUCAUUAUAACUCGUGUUUGAGUAUAUUUGGGUAUAUUAAGUAUAUGAUAUAAUUAUAUGAGACGUCAAUAUUAUAUAUCGUUAGGGGUGAAAAAUUUUACACUUUAAAAUUAAGUAUAUAUUAUAUUUACAUUCGUAAUUCAAAUUUGAAAAAUGAAUAUAAAGGUGCUCGGUUCUGUGGACGAAAUUCCGAUCGGUUUCAUCGGCGGACGCGAUUUUUGUUCCUCUUGUUUUCCAUUUGUUUACAUUUAUAUUAUCAUAACUACUAACUCGUCGUGACAUUAUCGUCGAAAUCAUGAAAUGUGUAUAAUUAUUAUCGGACAUUAUUAAAUUUAGGUAAAAAAAAACGAAGCGUUUUUUACGGGCACGGUUGUCUUGCAUCAGGUCGGUGGGUCUGGAAUAUAAUUCAUAUCGGACGAUAAAGUUCUUUUUUCGCACGCAUCUCAUCGCUUACGUCUGUCCAUCUUUCGAUCACGAACAUUCAAAGACAAAUUGGAAGAGAAGGUUCAAGUGCCUUGGCAUAUUUUAUUGUUUUGCCAGUUUAACGAGAAUCAUCACGUUGUUGUGUAAAACUUCAUUUGAGUACAAUAAUCAUUGUUUGCAUAAUCUCCACAUGUUCACAAAAAAAGAAUCAUUUUUUCUACUUUCCGCGCUGUAUGAUUUUCUAUCUUUCUAGGUCCCCUAGAAGAUUCCGGCAAAAGGGAAUAAAAACAAAGUAAAGUGAUAUAUACAUAAACUCUCGCCUAGAGACACUAAAUUCUGCAAAUCAAUGAAAUUUGGUUUAGGCAAGCUUGAAUGUUCGUCCAGAUAUAGUUAUCCCGCGAGCGACGUAUUGUAUAGGCCGUCGCGAGACGCGGAAGAAAGAAAGAGCGCAAAGUGCUGUUUUUGCCUGAAGAGAAAGAAAGGGAGCAGUAGGUAGGCAUUAGGCCGUUCCAAGCAUAACGCGCUGUCCUAUUUUUCGUUCGUUCGUCCUAAACUCGAAAAGAAAGGCUAAAAAGAGAGCUGACGACGCCGCCGUCGCGUGUAUACAGUAUACAAAGAGCGAGUCGAGAACGAGGUGAAGGAAAAAUUCGUUGUUGUUAAACGGUAGGAUUAAAAGAAACACGUAGAAAAAGCUCCUCUAGAAGCUCUGGUGCUGUAUUCAUUAAAACGAGCGUAUUAAAUAUUACAAGAAGAAGCGAGUCGGAGAGAGAGGCUCUCUCUCUCUCUCUCUCUCUCUCUCUCUCUGCCUAAUGAAACCGGAGCUAAAAGAGAGGGCGGAAAAAUAAAUGAUGAAAGAAAAUUAAAGUACCUUGUUGAGUAUAAGUAGGUAAAACAAAGAAUUCUAUCGCCAAGUCGUCGCGCGUCAAUCGCGGAUCACUCGCAUCAUUACGAUUUUAAAGAAGCGGAGUUACAUAUAUAGCAAAGUGAAUAUUACUAUAUAUAGAAAAAGAGAGAGAGAAAUAUACCCGACGCUUGGAAAAACGUGGAGAGCGAGAUACGUUACCAUUAUAAUUAAGGAGAGAAAGCUCGACGUCGCGCGCUUACAUAUGAAAUUUCGAGAGACCUGUAAACGACAUUCUAUAUUGAAAAAAAGCUGUUCGAUGACUUUGACAUAGUUUAAUGGCGAGAAAAAAUUGUUGUGAGAUUAUUAUUCAGCGGGUGUCGAGCUUUUCUCGCCAGCGUUUUUCCGAGCGUCUCACCGCGUGCAGUUAGCGUGUUAUAUAAAGAAAAAGUCACACCUCACACACACACACACACACACACACACACUGUACACUAUAAAUAAACAAAGAAUAGACAUUUGUGUAAUAUCGACCUCAUGCCUCUGUGUGCAAACAAAAUAAAGUAUAAAGCAUAAAACCUAGAGAAUUCUCGCGCGGAAAAGUUAAUAGGUAAAGUAAUCGAGCGCGAAAAAUGCGCUGUGGAUUGAUCGAUGAUACAAGGGACGGAUUUUUCGUGCCGUCGCGAGAGACAGAUUAUACAUAUAAGGUGUCGUCGUUCGCAUCAGGACGCGUUAUGUUGGGGAUAUGUUUAACGGUUACACAACAUACACAUAUAUCAUACUAUCUACAUGCCAUCGCGGUUUUACAUAGGUUGAAAUAGUUGUUUAUUGAAGGAAUCGUUGGCAGGAAGCUCGUUGUAAUGCGACAGGAAAGAAAUAAAGGGACGAGAGAGGGAAUAGUUGAUAAAACUUAGGAACUUCCACGAUAUUUCUAAUAAAUGUAAGCAGCUGGCUGCAAAUGACAUAAACAAACAGAUUAAUUAAUUAAUUAUCAUAGUCUUUCUUCGCUGGUGGAGUACGAUGAAGUAUUGUACCAUAUACAUUCCUUUGGCUAUAACGUAAUGUUUAAGAGACUAUACUACCCCCGCACCACUGGCCCCUCCGUAUACGAAGCUUGGUUUUUCUUCUCACACACAUACCGGCAAAACAAAAAGCGAAAGAAAGAGAGAAAUAACACGCGUCUACCUUUUCACCCUCAGCCAUUCUUCCCUUUUUUUCUUCUUCUUUUUUCGCGCGCGCGCGAAACACACCACACGCCGCGACCGCCACCGACUCGGCGAGUCAAGACGACGUUCCUCUUUUGCCUUCCGUCUCUCCUCGCCGUUUUCGAUAUCUAUAUACACGUAAGGGCGGAGAAGGUAGCGAGAAGUUCUUCGGGAAAUCCCAACGACUCGGAGCUUUCAGCUUUUUACUUCCGCGCGGUGUAUUUCAAAAAAAAGUCAUCAUUAUUUUACCUAGGAAUUGAAUAGACUCGAAAUUCACUGAUGCGCGUGUUCGGUACACACUUUAUAUACCACACACGCGCAUCAGCAAAGGAUGGAGUUAGCCUCGCGGAAGAUUUCAAGUCGUGCGCGCGAGCGCUGACACACUUUGUUUGUCUUGGCGCGACGACGUUUUUUAAGGGUGAAUUACCGUUGAGAUUUUUCCCUCCGCGCACAGAACCUCGUUCGUUCGGCCUGCUCGUCCACGCGAGCGCGAAGUGCGUCGAGCUCGUUACUUUUGAGCAGCGCCGCCGCUGCUUUUUUUCUGCUUCGAGAUGAAAGCGAGCGAGCGAGCGAGAGAGAGAGAGAGAGAGAGAGAGAGAGAGAGAGAGAGAAGGCUAGAAGAGGGAGCUCGAUUUUGCAUCCACACACGCGAACGAUAACAAAAAAAACAAGUGUGACCCACUCACACCUACACGCGACACUCACACCCACGUUGUAAAAGGCUGUAUAAAGAAAAAUGCAUCGCACGGCACAAGGCUCUAUUUAGGGAGAAAGAAAGAGAGGGAGAGCGAGCGAGAGAAAGAAAGAUACAGAGUUUCUAUUUAUUAGAUGGCGCGCGUACGGAGAUACGAUAAAUAGAGGAUAUUUAACAAAAAAAGUUAUAAGAGUAAUUAAUGAUAAAGAUAAAAAAAAAAUAAUAAAGAAAAGUGGAAAAAAUCUCUAUAUUUGUUAGUUUCAUCUGCCAAACGCAUACAUACACAUUAUACACACAUUGUGAACAUUUUAAUUUGCGUCUAUAGAGAGCGAGGGAAAACAUGAAAAUUUAACGAAAGCGAAGCUCGUUUGUUGUAAUUAUAUAUAUAUUAUAUAUACACUUGAGAUGAGGGACGCUAUAUAUAAAUAUACAACCAUUAAAUCGCUGUUCUUUUAUAUUUUAAUGAAUUUUUCCUCGGUCAGAUUAUGUCAAACGCCGGAUGGUUAGGAUUAUAAAUAUACACGAGAGGGAAGCAACCAAGUCCAAAGUACCGUUUAUCAUAAAUCCGUAGGAUUUAACGAGAGCGUGGCAAACAGAAAGCAAAAACUAUAAACCAUAUAUUAGUACAUAAAGAAAGACGUUCGAGGACGAAAACAAAGUUUAUCAGACGAAUCGCACCGAUGAUUAGACAAA